GCAUUUCCUUCAAAACGUUAACGUUCUUCCGAGUUCCGGCCGGCAUUUGUCAUUUUCACGCCGAUUAACGUGGUGCGUUUCGUGAAUUUCUACAAAACCUCCAGUUUUUUUUCACUUGAAAUUAUCAAGUGUGAGCGGUGAAGAUGUCUAUGGAUCACAAGUGUUACUGUCGGGGUGAUGAGAUCACCAGCAUGGACCUGGAGAAGCCAGAGCACCUUGUACCCAUGAUGAGACCAUUCUCCAUGAGCUUCAACAAGAUGCCACUUCAGCUGACUAAGCCGGCGCCGCAGUUCAAGACCACCGCGGUGGUGAACGGCGAAUUCAAGGACCUCUCGCUAUCCGACUACAAGGGAAAAUACGUUGUGUUGUUCUUCUACCCCCUGGACUUCACGUUCGUAUGCCCGACGGAAAUCAUCGCAUUCUCGGAACGCGCGGACGAGUUCCGCAAGGUCGGCUGUGAAGUUAUCGCCGCUUCGACCGACUCUCACUUCACUCAUCUGGCCUGGAUCAACACGCCGCGCAAGCAGGGUGGACUGGGCCCCAUGAACAUCCCGAUCAUAAGCGACAAGUCGCACCGCAUCGCGCGCGACUACGGCGUGCUGAACGAGGAGACCGGCAUCCCCUUCCGCGGCCUCUUCAUCAUCGACGACAAGCAGAACCUGCGCCAGAUCACCGUCAACGAUCUGCCCGUCGGCCGCUCAGUAGAGGAGACCCUCCGUCUGGUCCAAGCAUUCCAGUACACGGACAAGCACGGAGAGGUGUGCCCGGCCAACUGGCGGCCUGGCGCCAAGACCAUCAAGCCCGACACCAAGGCGGCGCAGGAAUACUUUGGCGACGCCAACUAGUGGCCAGCGGGCGGCCAGCUCUACAGCGUUGUGUGAUUAGUGCUUUGUAAUGUGUGAUUUUGGUGCUCUUCAUCAAUAAUAGUUGAUCACAAAUUUUAAAACUACAUGAAUUAACGGUUCCGUAUCGUCGUACAAGAAAUAACACUUUUUGAUUUUCGAGGCGGUCAUUUUGAAAUCUUUAUUAUUUGUUGUUAUAGCGGAAAUUUCACUCACAUUCUCUGGAAAUUUCAAAUGUACAUCCUACAGUUGACGAGCAGACAGACGGACGGACAGCGGAGGCUCGGUAAUAGGGUACCCUUUAGGUAGGAACCCAAAAAAAAUGAUGUUAAAAGAAAUAUUUCAUAGUAGCCGUCGUCGCGUCUUAUGAUUCAAAAUAGCGAAUCGAAUAAAGUAACCAAAAGGCCGGCAACGCAUUGGCAGUUCUUCUGGAGCUGCAAAUGUUUAUGGGCGGCGGUAAUCACUUACCUUCGGGUGACCCGCCUGAUCGUUUGCUCGCUAUUUUUUUUAAAGUAAACUAAAUUAGUGAGCGUUUUAUUGGUAAAUAAAACAGGUUCAUUAUAGUGCAUAACUAGGCGGUGCCCGCGUUUGGAUGGAUUUUAAAAUGGCUGACGCGGACUUAGUUCCAAUUUUGCCCACCUGUCAGAUAAAUUAUUGGUGGCCUGUAUUAAAGCAUGGAAAUCAAAUUCAAAAUAUUUUUAUUCAAUUAUACUUUUACAAGUAGGUACUUUUAAAUCGUCAAGAGCAUCUAAGAGAUUUAGCAAGUAAUAAUACUAGGUAAUAAUCCCUAAAAUAUAUUUGAUUAACAGUAAUACUUGAGCACUAAUGUCACACCUUCAAAAGCACUAAUUCAUAGAUGGCGCUGGAAGCCAACUAAAUUACAAAUAGUUUUAAAUUGCAUAUCUAACAUAGAAUCGUUUCCUAACCAUUAAAUGUACGCACCUCUGUGAUAAAUUGUUAAUACAGACAAUAUAACUUUUUUGUCUUUAUUAUGAGCAUUUUCAUAUUAUCCGAUCCGAUUCUGAUACGGUCAAAAAUAAUUAAAUAAGAAGUAAAUUCGAUUGCUAAAUAUUCCAACAUAUCAAUUAUGUAUCAUAUGAAAAUCUAAAUAUCAAUAAUUUCGUAUUAUUGUACCUAAUGUAAAAAAUAUCGAUAUUUUUAUUUCGAUAUUAUCAGUGAACCUAACUGAAUCUAAACGGCGUAUUUUCUGAAAAACUUUCCAAUCGACAAUCAAGUCAAUUGCAAACGAAAAACACUGACAUUAUCAUUUUCAUGUGUCAUUUUAAUUCAAUGCUAAAUCAAUUCGUUCUUAAUAUUUCAAUUUUGACUUCAUUAUAGAAGAAAAUACGUCCAAUUACCUUUCGGAAUAAUUUCGGAUACGGCACGAUUUUCCAACUGAAAUUAUGCGAUAUCGGAUCGAAUAAUAUAAAAGUGUUUUACUAUUAUUUAUGCAUUUUUGGUAUCGAAUUGAAGUAUGCGAAUCUCAGUAUAGCAUACUAUAGUAAUAAUAUUAUGCAUACUUAUAUAUAGCAUUUUUGUGUCAACCUGUAAACUAUCAGUAUUGGACGGGAUAUACAAACAAUGAUGGAUUGUUUAUAUUUUAAAUCGAGGCUGUAAUAAAUGCUGUAAUGAAA